UGCGUCGUUCUUCUUCUUCUUCUUCUUCGUCUCUACCCUCGCCUCUUUCCAUUGCGUUUUUCCAUUCACAUAUAGAUACGUCAAUGGAAGAAGAAGCGAUGUAGCUUUGUUUGUUUCCCGGGAAAAGCAAAGAGAAAGGGAAGGAAAAGUUCCUUUUAUAUGGUUUUUGGUUUUUUUUUCCCUUUUCUGGUUGGUAUCUGAUUCCUCAGUCUGGUGUUGGAAAAAACAAAUUUUGAGGUGGGACUCGAAUACCCUUUUGGUGUUUGAUGAAAUGCGCAAAAGGGGUUUGAGAAAUUUUGCUGCUGCUUCUGGUUCUUCUGAUUUUGUUCUUCUGGUUGAAUUGAAUCGAGUUUUGAGUUUUUUUGGAUUGAAUUUGCUGCUCUGAAUUGAAGUAGUUGGGGCAUGUGAUUUGGAAGGGUUUGUGAUAGGGUAAGAGAUGGCUCGGGAUGGGAGCGUUCUCCCUGCGGACCCUCAGGCUGUGGCUGUGGUGAAGAAGAAGACACAAUCUUCGAGAAGUUGGAUUCUGUUUGAUGCUGAUGGCCAAGGCUCGUUGCUUGAUGUGGACAAGUAUGCUAUAAUGCACCGGGUUCAGAUUCACGCACGUGAUCUUAGAAUCCUUGAUCCCUUGCUCUCUUACCCCUCUACCAUUCUGGGUCGUGAGAAGGCCAUUGUUCUUAACUUGGAGCAUAUUAAGGCAAUUAUUACUGCUGAAGAGGUUUUGCUGCGAGAUCCAACAGAUGAAAAUGUUGUCCCGGUUGUUGAGGAACUGCAAAGGCGGUUGCCUAAAGUAAGCUCCCUUCAUCAACAGCAAGGAGAUGGUCAAGAGUAUGUUAGUAGUCAACAUGAUACUGAAGCAGCUGAAGAAGAUGAGUCACCCUUUGAAUUCCGGGCCUUAGAGGUGGCUUUAGAAGCCAUUUGUAGUUUCCUUGCUGCACGCACAACAGAAUUGGAGAUGGCUGCCUAUCCUGCAUUAGAUGAACUUACCUCCAAGAUUAGUAGUCGUAAUUUGGACAGAGUUCGUAAACUGAAGAGUGCCAUGACAAGGCUGACUGCUAGGGUUCAAAAGGUCAGAGAUGAGCUUGAACAACUUCUGGAUGAUGAUGAUGAUAUGGCUGACCUUUACUUGUCAAGAAAGGCUGGUUCAUCAUCACCAGUUAGUGGAUCAGGUGCUGCUAAUUGGUUUGGUGGCUCCCCCACCAUUGGAUCAAAGAUAUCAAGAGCAAGUAGAGCAAGUUUAGCAACAGUUCGUUUUGAUGAAAAUGAUGUGGAAGAGCUUGAAAUGUUACUUGAGGCUUAUUUCAUGCAAAUUGAUGGCACAUUUAACAAGUUAACCACUCUGCGAGAAUAUAUUGAUGAUACUGAAGAUUAUAUUAAUAUUCAACUUGACAACCAUCGUAAUCAGCUGAUUCAGUUAGAGCUAUUUCUUAGCUCUGGAACCGUUUGCCUAUCUUUCUACUCCUUGGUGGCUGCUAUUUUCGGCAUGAAUAUCCCAUAUAGUUGGAAUGAUAACCAUGGUUUCAUGUUCAAAUGGGUAGUUAUCGUCUCAGGAGUAUUUUCUGCUAUCAUGUUUCUCUUGAUUAUUGUCUAUGCUCGCAAAAAGGGGUUGGUCGGAUCAUGAAAAUCAAUCUGCUGGAAAUGGGGUGCAGAGAAUAAACUAUAGCACUUCCGGUAUAAUGACUUAUGUUGCAGAGGUGAUUCAGGAUUUUGUGAAUUACUAGUAAUAACAACUGUUAAAGGAUCUGCUGGGAGCAUAGCUCUAGGAGACCCAAUGUUUAUAUCAAUUGAAGCAGUUGUUUGGAUUCAAGCAUCAAAGCAGAACUCUAAAAAUAGUCUACAGAGUACAGAUUCAAAGUGGAUUCUGGAUUUUGAAUAAUUUUUAACACCUUGAUACAUGUGAUUAAAUGGAAAUUAGAAACACCUAUGAAUUAUUAUUUUUAUCUUUUUCUUAUUGA